AGAAGCUAUUGAGUCACUGUCAGUCUCAGUCACUGUCAUUGUUGUAUUUUAGAAAGUUGUAGUCUCUAAUCUAUCACAGCAUGAACCAGAUUUAUAUCGUUUUAUUGGCCCUUUGGUCAGCUUUCAAUUCCUCUGAUGCAUUGUACCGGAAUCACCCUACAACACCAGCUCAAGCCCCCUCUUGGAGGAAACCGUAUUACUAUGCAAAAACUCAAACCCCCUACUGGAGGAAUGUGUAUUACCAGACGCAGACUCAAGCCCCUUCUUGGAGGAACCCUUAUUACUAUGCGACAACUCAAGCCCCCUCUUGGAGGAAACCAUAUUACUAUGCAAAAGCUCAAAGCCCCUACUGGAGGAAUGUGUAUUACCAGACGCAGACUCAAGCCCCUUCUUGGAGGAACCCAUAUUACUAUGCGACAACUCAAGCCCCCUCUUGGAGGAAACCGUAUUACUAUGCAAAAACUCAAACCCCCUACUGGAGGAAUGUGUAUUACCAGAUGCAGACUCAAGCCCCCUCUUGGAGGAAACCGUAUUACUAUGCAAAAACUCAAACCCCCUACUGGAGGAAUGUGUAUUACCAGACGCAGACUCAAGCCCCUUCUUGGAGGAAACCAUAUUACUAUGCGACAACUCAAACCCCCUACUGGAGGAAUGUGUAUUACCAGACGCAGAGUGAGUCAGCAGAUUCAUACUGUUGUAUUGAUAAUGUUAUCUAUUAAAUUAAUAACUUUUACUUUUAAACAACAACAGUUCUUAGGUUUAAUUUCUUUUUUUUAU